CCAAACCCGGAAGUGGAGUCAUUUUGUCAGGAAGAACAAACAUUUUGAAGGUGUGGUGGUAAAAAUUUUCACCUGGUGGAGAUUCCUACCGAGCACGUGAAUAAACUCUGGUGUUUUUGUGAGCUAAGCUGGAAUAAACCAUCAGAUUUGAGAGGUGGCCAUCAAUCUAACGGGAUACUACAGCAUGACUCCGCUGGUAACCGCAUUCUCAAGCCAGCUGACGUACAGAAAGUGGGCGGGGAGAGGCUGGGCUGCCUAUAAAACACCCUGGUAGUAGCCUCUGUCAUUCACAACCGUUCCCUGGAUUACUUCCACCAGUUUGGAGGAGCGCCUUCCUCUGGUCCUUCGAAUGACUCAAGAUAAAAAAGAGGGUUCCCAAACCCAAACAGUAACAAUGUCUGCAGAGGAAGUCUGUCAGGUUCUUAAGGAGGGAGAGCUGGAGAAGAGGAGUGACAACUUGCUCCAGUUUUGGAAAAGGAAGACGUGCGUCCUGACCGCGGACGGCCUCAACAUUUACGCCGACACGCAGAAGCGCACCAAAAGCAAGGAGCUGAAGCUGCAGUCCAUCAAGAAGGUGGACUGCGUGGAGCGCACCUGCAAGUUCGUCUACUUCACCAUAGUGACCACAGACAACAAGGAGAUCGACUUCCGGUGCUCCGAGGAGGAGAACGGCUGGAACGCGUCGAUCACCAUGGCUCUGAUCAAUUACCAGAACAGAAAGGCCGUCCAGAACUAUAAGACGCGGCCGGAGAACGAGAGCGCGUCUCCCGGACAGGAGGAGAGGCGCAUGGCCAGGGCGCCCUGAGCGCGCUCCAGGACGCGGACACAUCAACUGCUCCUAAUAUGCGUCGAAUUGGACCACUGAGGAAGAAAACGCGGACCAAAAGGAAGACAAAGUCCUCCGGUCCAGAGAUGAAGGAAUGUUGGGAUCUGAUCUCCUGGAGGAGGCUUGAGUCCGACAGACAGAAGUUACAAACCGGACUGAACUCUUGAACUGUCAGAACAAUUUCAUGUGCUCUCUAUGGGAGAAUAACUGUUAAUUUAUUUGUUUAUAUUGUGGUUACUGGCAUAAAGCUCUUGUUUUAAAUUAUUUUACAAUUUCUGUACUGUAAAUUUAUUUAUUUGAAUAAAUAUCCACGUGCUUUGACAUAAAUUCA